CUCUGGCGUUUGGCUCCCGCGUCGCGCGCGGCCCGAGCUCGCAGCAGCGAUGGACGCCAUACGGAAGCAGCUGGACGUGCUCAUGGGCGCCAACCGCAACGGCGACGUCCGCGAGGUCAACCGCAAGUACUACGACCGCGACGUCUGCCGCAUGUUCCUCGUCGGCCUCUGCCCCCACGAGCUCUUCCAGCUCACGAAAAUGGACAUGGGGCCUUGCCCGAAGGUCCACUCGCUUCAGCUCCGUAAAGAAUACGAAGAAGCCAAAGGAAAAGGCGUCGAUAAUUAUGACCGGGAUUUGGAGGAUGUCAUAGACCGUCUCAUCGUCGAGUGCGAUAGAAAGAUCGCUAGAGCUCUCAAGAGACUAGAGGAGGACGAUGCGAAGGCUGCUAUUGCCAUCUCUGUGUCUGAGGUUACGCAGACACCCGAGAUACUUGAGUUGUCAAAGCAGAUCAAGGAGAAGCUUAAUGAAGCUGACCAACAUGAUCUUGAAGGCAAAACAGAUCUCAAGAUUCGAGCUUUGGAAAUUGUUGAAGAACUCAGAACUAAAAGAGCGGACAAGCAGUCCAUGCUUCUUUUGGAUGCAUUCAAUAAAGACAGGGCAUCUUUACCGCAACCUCUACCAAACCCACCACCUUUGGCCCCCUUGCCAGUAGUUGCUCCCGAUCCUCGCACUCAAGAGAUGAUAAAUGAGAAGCUGAAGAAAGCAGAGGAUCUUGGUGAGCAAGGUAUGGUGGACGAAGCACAAAAAGCAUUGGAAGAGGCUGAAGCCCUUAAAAAGCUGCAUGCCAGACAGGAACCUGCACAGGAUUCUACUAAGUACACUGCUGCAGAUGUGCGAAUUACUGACCAGAAGCUACGUGUUUGUGACAUUUGUGGAGCAUUCCUCAGUGUCUAUGACAGCGACCGUCGUUUAGCGGAUCACUUUGGCGGGAAGCUUCAUUUGGGUUAUAUGCAAAUUCGUGAUAAAUUGGCAGAGCUACAGGAAGAGAGAAACAAGAGCCGUAAGGUUGAUCGCCAUGAUGACAGAAGAUCAAAAGAAAGGAGUAAGGAUCGUGAUAGGGAAUUAAGUAAGGAUCGAGAACAAGUGGACAGUCGUGAUAGAGGGAAGGAUUAUGAUCGUAGGAGUCGGGAUCGUGAUAGGUACCAUGAGAGAGAUCGUGGAUAUGAAAGGGAACGUGACCGAGAUAUAGAGCGUACCCGCAGCUAUGACUCCAGAAGUCGUCGCAGAUCACGAUCAAGGUCGCAGGAACGUUCUAGGGAUUAUGACCGCCACAGGCGUCGUGACCGCUACUAGGAAAUUAUGGAUAUGAAGAUGGAAAUGAUGUGGUUUCAUAGAGAUCACGAAACUCUUGUAGGACAAGCUUAUCUAUAACUGUUUGUUCCAAAAAUGUUCUGACAUGAUCUUGGUUGCUUCAUAUGAAAGAGUCUUGGAGUUUAUGCUUAGGAGGUAUAGUUUUGGCUUGCUGUGUAACUUGUAUUUUGUACUUAGAUUUGCUGGUUGACCUCUGCAUUUUCUUACUGGAAGUACCGUUACCCGAGUUUGCA